AUGGACCCAGCUCCACCUUCCCCAGCAGCUUCCUACCUAUUUGGCCCCGACGAGCUCAAGUGCAUGUUUGUCGACAACUGCGACACUGAUGCCCCUCUUCGCAAGGCCAUCUCACACAUCUUCGGCCGCAACAAGCUCUGCACUCGUCUCAUUCCUCCUGCAGUUUGGGUCCACUGGUGCCGCAAGCACUACCAACGAUGCCGCUAUCGCAAUCCGGCAGAGUACGCUACUCGUCAGGCCGAUAUGGUCAGCGUUCAGAUUGAUCGUGUCCAGAUGUGGAGCGACGAGAACAAGUCUCGCAAGCUUCCUGGCAUCGUCCUCUCCUGGGUGAUCCAGCCUCGAAAGCGAGAAGCCCAGCGCCUCAGCGAACAAGAUGGCGAUGAGAAUGUUGCCCAGCAGAUUGGUAACCAAGGUGACGACCAAGCCAUUGCAAAUGGCACUGCGAUUCCCAACUGGCUGCUUCAGCAGUGUGAAAAGGAGUUCACCACCACCCAGGUCCAAGACGUCGUUCGCCGAAUCCAAACGGAGAUGCAAGCGGGUUAUCUUCAACAGAUCCCUGACAUUGAGAUUCUUCCCAACAUCAGCACCGAGGGUGGAAACACGACAAAGCCGAAGUCUACUUUGAAGCGCAAGAUGGGUGGAACACCUACUCACAAGCGUUCCCAGUCCAUGCGAGUUGGUGGCCGCCCCAUGGCCCACCCGAUGACUCGUCGCGCCAGCCAUCAGGGCAGCUACUACGACCAGAACCAUCAGACCUUCUCUCCUGCGGAGAAGCGUCAAUGUGUUGGUCCUCUUCCUCUGAGCGGAUACUAUGCCCCUCAGCAUGGCUUUCCUCCUGUGCCUCCUCGAUCCACUGAGCGCAUCGUCCCUCAAAUGCACUCGCAGUUUGCUUUCGCUCAUCCUCCCACCUUGGAGACUCAGCCAGAGAUCUCUCAGCACUACGCGUACCAGGGUCCCAAUCCGAGUGUUCCUACUGCCUACCACUCUCAGGGCAUGGUUCCUUACGAGGCCAAUGAGAUGAAGUCCAACCGCGCUCAGCUGACUCUCACCCCGAUGUACAAUAAGGUUCACCAUCGCAGCCAGUCAGAGAUGGUUGUGGGCCACCAGUUGACUGCUGGCCAGUCUGGUGUGAACUUCAACCAGUACGACGGCAACCGCCCGACCUCCUCCUCCAGCUAUGCUGCUCAGCCCCCGAUCAGUAACUUCCAGUUCACUGCUGGCGCCCAGCCAGGUCAUGGCUUGGCGUACGAGAGCAAUAUGCAUGGUUACUACGAUCAGGCCCAAGCUGUCCGUAACUGGCCCGGCGAUGUCGCCAAUCACUUCCACCCUGUGCACCCAAGCUAUGCAACUCAGCAUGGACAUGGACGUCGCCAGAGCACCCCAGUGACUUAUCGACCUUACCCUAUCCAGCGAGCUGCUUCCGCCGCGAUGCUUUCGGGUACAACUGCCUCUGAGGCGCUUCCGCCUCUCCACACGCUUACCCAGCCUGGCUCCUACUUCCAAGCGGGUCACGAGCAAGUUGGCGCGCAAGGUGCUGAGGAUCACAAGGAUUCUCAGCGCCCUGAUGAGCUCCGUCACUAA